AUGCACAGGUUGAUAUAUGUUCAAAAUCAUUAUACGUAUGAUAAAAAAAACAACAAUAUUAAAAUUAUCGAAAAAGAAAAAGAUAAACAUUUAUAUGUAAUUAAAAGUAUCCCUUUAAAAGGGAAGCAAUUAAAUGUUAGGAAUGAUACAAAAUUUUAUAAUAAAUAUAAUAUAAAUAACUCUUUAAAUUAUGAGAGAAAAAAAAGAGUGGAAUAUUAUUCCAAUAAUAAACCUAAUCAUUUAAAUAGUAAGAACAAUAAAUUUAUUUUAUACAAUACAAAUAAUUCAAAAAAUGAAAGAAAUAUGUCAUAUGGGAAAGAAAUAUAUUUUAAAAAUAAUAACAAGUGUUACAUAAAUGUUAAGAACUCAUUUAAUAAUGAGAGAAAUGAUAUAAAACAAAUGCAAAAAAAUAGUUAUAUCAACUAUUUAAAUAAAUUAAAAAAAAAUGGAAAUAAGUAUUAUGAUACCUGUCAAAAUAAUAUAUAUGGUAAGGAAACACAAGUUGAUAAUAUAUAUAGAACAAAUAUGAGUACGUCUUCCAAAAAAUAUAUGAAUAAUAUGAAUUCAUUUGGUAAGUAUACCAUAAACAAUAUUAUAAAGAAUAAUAUUUAUGGUACAAAUAAUAAUAUAAAUUAUAAUAUUCAACAAUUCAAUAUAAAUUGUAAUGAAAAAAACUGUUUUCAUAAAUUAAAUAAAAGUGGUCUUAUAAAAACAUAUUCCUUUAAUAAUUAUAAAAAUUCUUAUGCCACAUAUAAACAGAAACAAAUAAUAAUUAAAAAUAAAUCACUUAUACAGAAAAAAGGGGAAAACAAUUAUAUAUAUAGGAACAGACAUGAGAAUACAAAUUAUUCACCAUGCUAUUACAUGAAAUGUCAGCAAAACAAAUCAAACCUUAGUUAUUAUAAAAAAUGUUGUUAUUUAAAAGAUUCUAUUGAUAAAUUGAAAACAAUAUAUACAAAUAAUAAAAAAUAUUAUUAUAAUAAAAACCAUAAUAAUAUUAAUCUUAAUAAAAACAAAAGUAGCAUAAAAAGUACUCAAAAUUAUAGUCCAUUAUUCCAUAGAUCUAUACAUAAAUUUGAAUUAAAAAAAAAUUUGUCAAACAUAAGAAAUUGGGAAUACUUUUAUGGGGUCGAUAAUAAUAAAAAAAAAAAAAAAAAAAAAAAAAAAAAAUUUUUUUUUUGUUCUACCUUUCUAUAUGAUAAUAUAAAAAGUAACAUGUUUCCGAAUAAAACAGAUCAUACAAAUGAUAGUAAAAAAGACAUGUGCCCCAAAUCCGUUUCUUUAAUCGUAAAAAAGGAAAAUCAUAUAAUAAGAAAUCAAGAUAACGAUGAUGAUAAUAUUAUCCCAAAUAAUAAUUAUUUCAUUAAUUUAUUAGUAAACGGUGAAAAGGAAGCACAUCUACUUAUUGAAAAAGCAUAUAAAAAUAGAGAUGAUUUAAUGAAACACAUGAAUGAAAAAAUUGACGAUGAAAUAAAUGAAUUCAGAAUUAAGGAACAUAUGAAAUAUGAACUAAGCUAUAAACAAAUGGAAGAAGAAAUAAAAAAUUAUGAAUUAUUUAUACAAAAUGAAUUAGAAUAUAUGGAAUUACAAACAAAACAAAUUACAUUAAAUGUUGAAGAUAUAGCUGAUUAUGUAAUAAGACAUAUCAUUCAUGUAAAUUUAACUAUAGGAUGUAAUUUAUUAAAAGGAUUGGUACCUGUACAGAAUCUUCUAAAUAUUAAAUUAUCUUCUGAACCAAAAAAAUAUAUUAAUAACAGAAAAAAAAAAAAAUAUUUUAAUAUACGAUGA